CAGGGGCUUCCAGGAAUCCCUGGACCAGCGGGAGAACAAGGGCUGAAUGGACCCCCAGGUCAAACAGGACCCCCGGGGCCGAUGGGUCCCGCUGGACUGGCAGGACUGAAGGGAGAUCCGGGCAAGAAAGGAGAGAAAGGUCAUGGCGGUCUGAUCGGUUUGAUUGGGCCACCGGGUGAGUUCGGAGAGAAAGGUGAUCGAGGACUGCCGGGAAACCAGGGGCUGCAGGGAGUCAAAGGAGACGAGGGACCAUUCGGACCUGCAGGACUCAGUGGACCUCCCGGAUUACCAGGACUGUCUGGAUCCAUGGGACAGAAAGGAUCUAAAGGAAACCAGGGCCCUAUUGGACCCAGAGGAGAUCCUGGUCCUGCUGGACCCCCUGGUCCCCCGGGUCUUCCUGCGGUGGGAAUGGCGGCUCCUCCGGCGCUGGAUGGCCGAGGGAAGCGGAGGAGGCAUUUGGAUGUGGAUGGAGCGGCGAUGGAGGACAGUCAGACGCAGGACGAGGAGGCUCAGGGCGAGGAGAAGGACAUGGAGGAGGUGAUUGCGUCUCUGGCCUCCAUGAGGACGGAUGUGGAGGGACUCCGGACUCCACUGGGCACCUACCACAGUCCUGCCCGCACCUGCAAAGAGCUGUGGAUGUGCCACCCCGAGUAUCCCGACGGAGUUUACUGGAUUGACCCCAACCAGGGAUGUCAUAGAGAUUCGUUUAAAGUGUUCUGUAACUUUACAGCAGAAGGUGAAACAUGCCUCCAGCCGCACAGCAGCGUACAGACGGUCAAAAUGGCUUCAUGGAGCAGAGAAAAACCAGGAACCUGGUUCAGCCAGUUUAAGAAGGGCUCACAGUUCUCUUAUGUGGAUGUGGAUGGAAACCCCGUUCACAUUGUGCAGCUGGGCUUCCUGAAGCUCUUGAGCGCCACGGCUCACCAGAGCUUCACAUACGUGUGUCAGAACUCAGCCGUUUGGUUCGACAGCACCUCCCUCAGCUACAGGCACGCGCUGCGCUUCAGAGGCAGC